AUGCUGGCAUCUCCGCCGAUCAUGAACGGUGACCAUGGCCCAAUGUUGGACAAAAACAAUAUCAUAAAUGUAAGAGAUGGAGAAUCGCUCUACCAAAUAUGUAUCAAACUUCGGCGGCGAUUGUCCGGUGUGCCUGGAUUUCGCCCAUAUCUCGAGGAGAUGGAAGAGCGUGAGGCAGAUGGUUCGACCGAUCCAGUGUCUUCUUUGUGGCAGUGUUUCCGAAGCGGCCUACCGCUGCUCACGAUUUACAAUGCUUCCAACCCAGAAGAAGGCGACCUUACUGUCGAUACAAGUCGGCCGGACAGAGUAGGCAAAGAAGCAGCAUUUCUGUUCAUCAAAUCAUGCAUGCAACAGAUGAACAUCCCGGCAGCUGACACCUUCACUGUGACCGAUCUAUAUAGCGACAAUACCACUGGCUUUGUGAAAGUCACAAAACUAGUGAACCGGGUGCUGGAUAUGUUGAAGUUGAGCGGCAAACUUCACCCGUCAACGGACAGCGAAGAUUCACGUGAUGGGGUGGACGCUGGAUCCAAUGCUCCAGAGCAGACCCCAAAGACAAUGACGCGCCGACAGUAUAUCUUGCGGGAACUCGUGGAGACAGAAAGACAGUAUGUUCAUCAUUUGCAGAAUUUGCAGGCGUUGAAGAAGGAACUGGAAGAAGUCGGCGCCCUGACGGGUGAUGCCAUCCACAACAUUUUCCUCAACCUGAACAAUCUAUUGGACUUUGCGCAACGAUUUUUAAUUCGCAUCGAGCAACAAAAUGAAAUGCCAGAAGAGCAACAGAAUUGGGGUCGGCUCUUUGUCCACUACAGGGAUCCUUUCAGACAAUACGAGCCAUUCAUUGCCAACCAGAGGAGGUGCGAAGCGACUUGCCAACAGGAGUGGGACAGGAUGGUUGCGACCGCGAGGUCCCCUUUGACGCAACAGAUGCUUGCGAAUCCGACCAUCCUCAACGGAUUUCUCCUCAAACCAUUCCAGAGGCUAACGAAGUAUCCUCUCCUGCUGAAAGACCUGCUUAAUCAAAUAGAAGACCCAACAUUGAAGUCGGAUUUGAGUAGCGCGAUUGCCAUCAUUCAAGAUGUGCUCAUGCAGGCGGAUGCUUCCAUCGACAAGGAAACUCGAGACGACGCCCUUCAAGAUUUGCAAGAGCGGAUAGACGACUGGAAGCAGUUGCAAAUUGGCGCCCUCGGUGAACUUCUGCUGAUGGGAACGUUCAAUGUCAUGAAAGAGAGCGCCAUUCGAUCAGACGAGAAAGAGUAUCAUAUCUACCUCUUCAGCCGGAUUUUGGUUAUGUGCAAGGACGUCAAUGCCAACAAACCGAAGAACAGGCUGGCGAACAACAAACCAGCGCUCAGUCUACGCGGCAAGCCUAAGAUGAACUUGAAAGGACGGAUCUAUUUUGCCAAUGUCACUCAAGUUAUCCCUUCGACAAGCCCCGGAAACUACACCUUACAGAUUUCGUGGAAGGGCGAGUCGGGGAUCGAGACGUUCAACAUCAAAUUCAAAAAUGACGACACCCUGCAGAAGUGGCACAACUUGAUCGAGACUCAACGGUCGGCAUGCAUGCUGGAGUCUAAGACAAGAGGAAUCUCCGAAACCCAUCUUCUUUCCCUGCAAGGAGCGAACCUAGAAAACCCAUAUCUCGCACAGGACGAGGACGAGGAUUAUAACAGACUUUCCGGCACAACAUAUGGUGGGACUGAUGCCAACGGAUACUCCGAGUUUAACAUGAGCAGAAAUGCCUCAAGUACGAGUCUGAGGUCUCGUUCUGCCACGGGGGGCAGUGGAGGCAGCGGUCCACAGAUGUCAGCUAACCGCAUGAGAGUCCCUACCGGGGAGAUAGGCGCACUUUCAUUGAAUACUCGAGGACUUCCUACAGCGUCUCCGCAAGAGUUUAACGGUGGCUCCUAUUUCUCUCCCAUCGACCGGGAUACGCCACCAGGGUCAACAAUCUCUGCUCGGUCGAGCUCUCAAUCUGCAUUUGCGGGAUAUCACCGAGGGACUACACCAGUCAGCGGCGGCAUGCACCCGACAGAGUCACAUCGAAAUACUGCCCCUGCUAUGGCUCGAAACCCCAAUGGUCAAAGUGGGAAUCCAUACCUGGCGAACGGCCGAAGUCGAGGACAGUCGUCUGGUCCAGGAAUGCAAGCCCCUCGUAUGCGAUCCGCCAGCAGUCCUGAUGUGCACCCGAUGGUUCAGCAAGGUCGCAAGUACACUUCCACCGAACAUGUCCCUACCGUGCCACCUAUUCCCGCUCAUAUGGCCAAACAGAUGGCUCCUCCAAACAGGAGUCUGAACAAUUCGCCUAGCAACGCACCUCCGUCACGAGGAGGCACCCCACAUCAACAACAGUUUGGGCUGCCCUCUGCGCCGCGGCCUGCCAUGCCAGGUCAUGGUUAUAGUUUUGAUCCACAUUAUAGCAAUGAUCCUAGGCGCCCUGGUCAUGUCCCGUCACUAUCACAAGGUCGAGCCUUUUCACCUCCAGUAUCGUCGCCUUCCAGCGAUGGUGAUCCAUAUAUUCCCAGCCAACUCAAAGCUAAGGUCUGCUUUGAUGAGAACUAUGUCUCGAUGAUCAUCGCCAGCAACAUUCAGUUCAGAUCAUUGGCCGAUCGUAUCGAUGCAAAGCUGGCACGGUUCACGAAUCAUUCGAUCGCUUCCGGAUCUGUUCGGUUGCGCUACCGCGACGAGGAUGGCGAUUUCAUUCUUAUUGACAGCGACGAGGCGGUUCACGAAGCCUUGUUAGAUUGGCGUGAGACGCAUGUUGUGAAUUCGGCAAAUCCGCAAAACGCAGAGCUAUUGUUGUUUGCACAUGCUGCUCAUGGCGAGUCUAUAGUGAAUGGUUGA